UUUCCAUUAAUGUAGUGCCAGUUUGAUUACAUUUAUUUUGUUUUCUUGAUGGUACACUUUUUCUGUUUUUUUUCAUGACUCAGUAUCUUUUGUUGAGAUUCCUGAAUGGUAAAGUAGCAGGCUUUUGGACAUGCUUUCUAUAGGAGGACACUGAUAACCAUCUGUGGAACAAAUUCUACUUUUGGUCAACACUAUUUUCUGGAUCUCUAUUCCUGGUUCGGCUGUCACUUUAAUUUCCCAGUUGGAAAUGUUCUCUGUUUCUUUCUCAGACCUGCUGUAUCUUUCAGGCUUGAUAUAUAUCUUCAGUAUCACAUUCUGUGUGGUGCUCGAACAAUUUCCCAUUGUGUGACAAGCGGCCACAACAGGGCACUCACUGUGUACCGCCAUUGUGUUUGCACUCUGUGUCAUGCACAACUGAAACUUGUUAUUCAAGCUGCUUCAAAACAAGCAGAUCAUUGAACAUGUACUUUCCUCAUCUCUGUCUCUCCAGCGAAGAAACUGGGAAUUGGGAGUGUUUUUAUAAUAUGGCCAUCAUGUGCCAAAGGGUUUGAGCAGUUUUCAUCGGCAAAUCUAUGUCAUCUGAAGAUGACCAGGCCUUUAUGCCCAAGACCAGAAUACAAGAUUUAUUCUCUGAAUUGAUACUGAGUUCACAUAAUGGAGACAGUUGUGAUCAAUGGAAUGAAAAUCAGAAAAAAUUUAAGCAAGUCUUAUAUCUUAAUCAUUGGAGAAGCAAGUUUGCAGAUGAGCAUUAUAAAAGUGGAAGAGUCUGUGACCCAAGGUGCAAUCACAACAUACGUGAGGUGAUUCCUAUUGUGGAGAUGACACACAAAGGAAAUAAAUGUGUCCAGUCUUUUCAACCGUCUACAAAUUACACUGAACAAGAGAAUAUUCAUCCUGGGGAGAAAGCUUACAAAUGGAAUUCUCGUGGUAUAAUUUCCAGUCAAAUAUUCAAGACAAAUAACGUGAAAAAAAUCAAUAGUGAAAAAAAAUCUUAUAAAUGUAGAGAAUGUGAUAAAGAAUUCCUUCACGCCUCAAACCUGAAUCGACAUUGUCAAAUUCAUAAUGGAGAGAAAUGUUACAAUUGUAGAGAAUGUGGCAAGGCCUUUAGAUGGUUCUCACACUUUACUACGCAUCAGAGAGUUCAUACUGGAGAGAUGCCUUACAAAUGUAGAGAAUGUGGCAAAGCUUUUAGCGAUUUUUACUGUCUUAAUACACAUCAGAGAGUUCAUACAGGAGAGAAACCUUAUAAAUGUGGAGAAUGUGGCAAAACCUUUAGCCAGUCUUCAUCUCUUACUUAUCAUCAGAGAGGUCACACGGGAGAGAAGCCUUACAAAUGUAGAGAAUGUGGCAAAGGUUUUAGCGAUUUUUCCUCUCUUAAUUCACAUCAGAGAGUUCAUACAGGAGAGAAACCUUAUAAAUGUAAUGAAUGUGGCAAAACGUUUAGCCAUUCUUCAUCGCUUACUUGUCAUCAGAGAGGUCACACGGGAGAGAAACCUUAUAAAUGUAUAGAAUGUGGCAAAUCCUUUGUCAGCUCCUCAGUCCUUACUAUACAUCAGAGAGUUCAUUCUGGAGAGAAGCCUUAUAAAUGUAGAGAAUGUGGCAAAUCCUUUGUCAGCUCCUCACACCUUGCUUCACAUCAGAGAGUUCACAGAGGAGAGAAGUCUUAUAAAUGUAGAGAAUGUGGUAGAGGAUUUUCGCACACCUCAAGCCUGAAUGAACAUCUUCAAAUUCAUAAUGGAGAGAAACAUUACAAAUGUAGCGAAUGUGGCAAAACCUUUAGACGGUUCUCACACCUUACUAGGCAUCAGAGAGUUCAUACUGGAGAGAAGCCUUAUAUAUGUGGAGAAUGUGGCAAAGCUUUUAGCGAUUACUCCUACCUUAUUAUACAUCAGAGAAUUCAUACAGGGGAGAAACCUUAUACAUGUAGAGUAUGUGGCAAAGCCUUUAGUCAUUCCUCCUCUCUUAAUAGACAUCAGAGAGUUCAUUCUGGAGAGGACCCUUAUAAAUGUAGAGAAAGUGGCACAUCCUUUAUCAGCUACGCAAGUCUAACUAAUCAUCUAAGUGUUCAUACUUAAGAUAGGCCUUAUAAGUGUAGAGAAUGCGGUAAAGGAUUCCUUGACGCAUCAAACCUGAAUGGACAUCGGAAAAUUCAUAAUGGAGAGAAACAUUACAAAUUUAAAGAAUGUAACAGCCAUUUAUCAAUGUUCAUGCCUUACAGUACAGCAGAGAGUUCAAACUUCAUAGAAGUCUUACAGAUGUGAGGAGGGUUGUAAGUCCUUGACCAGCUGUGAGAACUUACUGAACAUCACCGAAUUCAUACUGGAAGGAAUCCUUAUGAAUGUGAAAAAUGUAAAAAGCCUUUAAUAGCCAUUUGGAUAUUACUGUACUUGGAGACUUCAUAACAAAAAGAUACCUUACAAAUGUAGAGAAUGGGUUGGAGCUUUUACUCAAAGCUCAAAAUUUACUGAACAUCAGAGAUUAUUUAGUGGAUGAAAGUCUUAGACUGUGAAAAAAAAUGUGAGAAAACCCUUAACCUGUGGUUAAACUUAACAUCUUGGGCAUCAUUCUAAAGAGAAAGAGCAAUAAUAUAAAGUAUUUGGCCAAAGAUUGAACCAUGGUUGAAGCUUCACUGAGAAUGAUAAAAUUAGUUCCUGAAAAAUUUGAGGCAUAUGUCAAAGUGUUUAUCUCCAUGUAUAUGUCAUACUACAUCUCAUAAUUAUUACUGGAUAGAAACCCAGCAGAUAUAAAGAAUGUGACAAAGCUUACUCAGAAUGCAAACCUUACUUGAACUCAUAUUGGGGAGAAACAAUACAAAUGUAAACUGUUGGGGGCCAGAUGUAAGCUGGCAAGGUCCUUGCACCUGAAGGGGCUAGCAAGGCUGGGACCCUUACCUACACAGUUUCCCCAGACUUGUUUGGAUGGCGAUUAUCAGUAGAAUAAGAGCAACCU